AGUUAGUACGACGGCGAAGCCGCAGGUUUAUGCGUCGCUAAGAGUCGCUAGUUCUUCGUCUAUAUGACAGUAAUUCCUAUCGCCGAAUACUUGGAGUCGAUACCACUCGUAGUUGGCGGAUGAUCAGUUAUCGCGUACAAGUCGACCCAGUCAUUGCGUAGGCAUUCGUUUAAGCUAGGCCCACCGAGAGCUUCGCCAAAGAACCGCGAAACGCAGAGUGACUAGCCGGCUGGGGGGGGGGGGGGGCGAAGGAUAAAAAGAACAGGAAGCAGAACGAAGCCAACAAUAAGACAGCGGUGCGAGUGUCGCGUCGGAGGGUGUUGAAACAGAGUAUAAAUGUUGUUUGGGGAGUGCGGACGAGUGCCGGCGUCGUGCAGUUGCGACUUAGGGGAUCUGCAGGGGGGGACACGAGGGUGAGACGGCGUAGUCGAACUCAAUGAUUGCGUCGUGCCUGUCGAAUAGCGAGGAAUUCAAACAGGUAUACAUGCAGAUGCGCGAUGUCACAGCGUGUUUAGGUAGUUAAAAGUUGGAACGUGAAUCGGUGGGAGAGGUGCCUUUGUUGUGCGAGCGUUGAUACGAGGGAGAAGAAACAGCGGUCGCAAAGGCGUCAGGGAUGCCAAGGCUACACACCCCGCCGGGGCGGUUAAAGCGAUACUUGCUGACGGAUACCUAGGUAGGAAAAUCAGACCCUUGAAACCCGAGGACACCGAGCCUGCCGCCCGAUUGUCAGGGCGAACAAGAUGAGCUCGGUGGUUUACACCCUGUACGGGUUUGCGAUAUUUUUCAUGGUGUUUUGGUGCGCGAUGUGGGUCGUUCACGUUCUGGCCUUGGUCGCCGGCCGCUGGAAGUUGCACAGGAAAAUCGUGCAGGUACCGAUCUACGAGGCGCCUCUGCCAGGAGUAUCGAUACUCAAGCCGCUGAUGGGGGUCGACCCGAACCUCUUCGGGAACCUGGAGACCUUCUUCACCAUGAACUACCCCGUUUACGAGCUGCUCUUCUGCGUCGAGGACGACUCGGACCCGGUAUUGAUGCUCGUUCACAAGCUCAUGGAGAAGUAUCCCCAUGUGGAUGCGAGGCUGUUUGUUGGGGGCUGCGCGGUCGGCGUCAACCCCAAGAUAAACAACAUGCACCUGGCUUACGAGUCUGCCAAGCACGAGCUGAUCAUGAUCAGCGACAGCGGGAUAAAAAUGAAGGAGGACACCCUCCUCGACAUGACAAACUACAUGAGUGACAGGGUCGCCCUUGUUCAUCAGAUGCCCUUCACCGCCGACAGGGAGGGAUUCGCCGCUGCGUACGAGAAGAUAUUCUUCGGCACUGUUCAGUCCAGGAUAUACCUCGCUGCGGAUCUAUUACGAAUCAAUUGCCACACCGGCAUGUCCGCGCUCCUGAGAAAGGCACCGCUGGACGAGGUCGGCGGGCUCAAAGCGUUCGGCAUAUACUUGGCCGAGGAUUUCUUCUACGCCAAAUCACUGACGGACAGAGGCUGGAGAAUCACCGUUUCGUCCCAACCCGCCAUGCAGAACAGCGGACACUGCGAGCUCAGGUCUUUUCAAGCCAGGCUACAGCGGUGGGCCAAGUUGAGGGUGGCCAUGAUACCGCUGGUUAUUGUGUUCGAACCGCUUAGCGAGUGCCUGCUACUAGGCGCCUGUGCUUCGUGGGCAGCCAGUUUGUUGUUCGAAUGGGACUCUCUUGUGUUCUAUUUGGUUCAUAUACUUUUGUGGUUUAUGCUCGACUGGACGUUACUUCGUGUCGUGCAAAACGGACCUCUUCCUUUCGACAAACUCGAAUUUGUGUGCGGCUGGCUACUCAGCGAAAUCACCAGGCCAUACUUAUUUGCUCAGGCUGUACUCGACCCUCUGAUACAGUGGAGGUCCAGGGUGUAUAAACUGAAGUGGGGCGGCAUAGCUGAGGAAGUUAAGGCGAAAGUAAAAUAUUAGUACUGGUUAAGGCGAGACGAUGUAGAGGAGUAUUUUACAUUUAUGUAUGAAUUGAAUUGAAUGGGUAGCUUUUAUCACAUAUUGCCAAUAUUGCAUAUAAUGUACAUUAUUUCCAUGCUCAUGUGGUAUAUGCUCAAUACGGUGCAAUAAUCUAAAACUGUAUUUACCUAUAAUAGGUAUAUUAGUAUGUAAUAAGUACAUCGGUAUUGUAGUUUUAAUUAAGUCUGUACGUUUGACAGUACUUGUCUCAUGUUUGCGCUAUCGUUUUAUCACUAUGGUUGUCUAGACUGAAGGUUUUCUCGAAUGUGGUUAGUGACUUAAUUUGUUUUAUGCAACAACUGCGGUUUGCGGUCGUCGGCAUAUUCCUAAACUUGAAAAGAUAUACGAUCGCACUAACAUCAGGAAGUACUGCUUUACGACAAAAUCACGCUACAAAAUCCCAUUUAACUACUGGUUGUGUUGUAAUAUUCGUACGAGUAAUUGAUUUAAUGCACAAAUUUAUUGUUAUACCGGUUGCUCGCCGAGACUACUAACCCUUUACAUUUUAGAGGGAAUAAUUAAGACGACUAGUUUAUCUCGAUACAAUUUUUUUAUCACGCCGCGCCGUAUUAUCGUAGUCAUCGUCUAAUUGUCUUUUCGUGUUAUAACUUAUAAUCUUAUUAUGACUACACAGAAUAUUCUGUGAAGAAGCCAUUUCGAAUCAGUCUUACAGUAAUGUAUGAAUAGUAAUUGGGAAAGUUUCUUUCCUUGACUAAAUUAUUGCACCCAGUUUAAAAUUUUGAAUUUGGAUGGAAUGGUGAAACUCAUCGUCAUCAAAGUAAGGCAACAAAUUUGCGAUCGUAAAAUCCUUAACAACGAAUUCAAAUGAGAUACACUAGUUGUUGAAAAAAGAAGACCUUUUAAACUGUGCUACAUUACUCCCAUGAAUGGGUGUUAAGUGAUAGAGAAUCCAUUAGUACCUUGAUAACUACUAUGGAAACAGGAGAAUAGAAGGAAGCCACGAAAAUUGAUUGAUUUGUGUAACACUAGAACAAGUCGUCUAUUUGAAAUAAUUCUUGAUAAUCAUGGUUAAUUCGAUGGUAACGGAAAAUUUUAUUCUCCUGUAAUAUUAUAAGCUUACAAUCAUGUCUUGGCUUCAUAACGCUCAAUCCAUAAUACGUAACACGUUUCUUACCAGUUUUCACUGACUUCCGUUUCUUACUCGUAUCUUUUUUUCGUCUUUUACUUUUCAAGCGAAGUCUCUGUCCUUUCUCACAUGCUCAAUCUUAUAUUUAUAAUCGUUAUGUUGUGAUAAGAUAUUUGUGUAUUUUUUCGCGAUGAUUGAGGUUCAAUAAUGUUUUUUUUUUUUUGGUAUUCAUUUGUACAAUUGUUGAUGGUGUCGAUCAUGUUUUUUGUUGUUACUUUUAUUUUUAUUUUUGUUGCCUUUUUUUUUUUAGUCUGUUUUUUUUAAUCAUAUUUUAUAUCAUAUACUGUACUUGCCUAAGGAAGGCAGUGUGGUGAGUAAGAGCAAUUUGUCUUAUACUCUAUCUAGGCAUUAUGAGCUUACAUGAUGAUGAAAUUUUUUUUUCCCCUUCAGUUUAAAAUGUUGGAUAAUCUUCACUCAAGCAGAUUUCCUGCAUACACUCCUAAGUUCAGAUUAAUUAUUUUCAAUCGCAUUAUAUGCAAAUGCCAAACAAUAUGAAGAAAAAUUUAUCCAAGGAAGCGCAUAAAAAAAGAUAAGCACGGACCGAUCAGGGAAAUAAAAAUGUGUAAUUUGCAGUAGAAAAUAGAGCGUUAUCAAUAGUUUCACAUAAUUCAAUUCCUACCUCCAUCCAUACUAUACAUGUACGCACGCGCACACACACACACACACACACAAACACAGAGAAAGACAAUGCGAAUGCGGUCACACACGCCCAAUAUUGUAUAGAUACUUUACAACGCUUAUCAAAUUAAAUUACAAUCGUCAACUAUACGCAUGUAAUACGUAAUUUACAUUUUAUCAGUAACAAAUCAUUAUACAGGAGAUUGCUCUGUGUAACAGUGAAUAGUCAUCACUUACAAUUAAUAUAUAUAGUAACACGUUUCAUUAUACAUAUUGUGUUUCAUUAUUAUUAGUAAUUUUGUUUUAAUUCAUAAACGGCUUCAUACAUUAAUUAUUAUGAAAUUAAUCGGAAAAAUGCAUGUAAAGAAGUCUUGCCCUUUAGACGCGGUAUAAUUUUCUACGACAAACAAUUCACACUUUUCAAACUUAUCGUCAAUGUAUUUAUACUAUUAUCGUAUGCACUUGUUUAAAUAGGCUUUAUUACAACAGGCACCGUGUAUUCGGGUAUUGCAAUCGUUAAAAAAUUGUUGAAAUACCUUGAAAUAUGUGCCGCAACAUAUACACAUAGACUUGAAAUGUAACAAUAAGAAAAAAAUUUAUCCUACGUAUUCAAAAUGAGCCAACUAACUGAUACUUAUCGUUCGGUAUAUUACGACGCAGGGAGGUAUUAUUGCGUGUAUACUCGUAGAGAAAUAUAAAAAAGCUAACACGAAAAAAAAAAAGAAAAAGAAAACCAACAACUAAUCAAGUUUCUAUGCCGACUAAAUUGAAUCAAUUUUUACGUUA